CUUAGCCCAGGUGCAGCCGGUGCCGCACCGCAUUCUGCGCCGGGACGAUCGCGCGAUGCCUCCGCAGGAGGAGACGCUGCCGCCCGUUCCUCCCCAUCGGCGGCGUGUGCUGGUGGAAGCGGAGCCCUUGCGGAGCCUGGAGUGCGUCCUUCUGGGCGACGGAGCGGUGGGCAAGACCAGCCUGGCCCUGAGCUACAGCACCAACGGCUUUCCCGCCCGAUACGUGCCCACCGCCCUCGACCGCUUCUCUGCUGUGGUCCAAGUGGACGGGGCCCCGAUCCGGCUCCAGCUGUGCGACACUGCAGGGCAGGACGAAUUUGACAUGCUGCGCCAGGUCUGCUACCCCAAAGCGGAAAUCUUCCUGCUCUGCUUCAGCGUGGUGGCGCCCACUUCUUUCCAAAACAUUGCAGACAAGUGGUACCCAGAAGUGCGGCGCCAUUGCCCCUCCACGCCGGUGUUGCUGGUGGGCACCCAGUCUGACCUGCGCCAGGAUGUCAAGGUGCUGAUUGCCCUUGCCCGCCGCCGAGAGAAGCCUGUGGCCCCCGGUGCCGCCCGGGCACUCUCCGUGAAGCUGGGGAUGGUGGGCUACCUGGAAUGCUCUGCCCUCACCCAGCAUAAUCUCAAGGAGGUGUUUGACACGGCCAUUGCGGCGGGGCUGAGGCAUGCUGACCAUCCGGUGCCAAAGGCUCGGAGGGGUCCUGCCAGCUGCCUCCGAACGCUCUCGAAAGCCUGGUGGAGGAAAUGCGUGUGUGUGCGGUAGUUGUGGCUUCCCCUGGCAGGAGGCUGGACUUUCUGUACACCUGGAACUGUGAACGGCAUGCCUCUCCACCUGCAAGGGGCAUGGCUCUGUGAUGUGAUCCUCGCCUGGUUGACAAGGGCAUCUUUGAAGCUGGCACUGACUCAGGGAGACAGUCCUGUUCAUGCCCAUUGGAUGUGGCAGUCUACUGGUGGAUUGGGUGGACAGUGGUGGGGAUGGAGGGUUGGGCUUUGAUUGGCACUCAUUCCCAUAAUAUGGCAUUUCUAGUUUCCUUGGCCCUCGCUGGUGAGUGGAGUUUGAAUCCCAUCAUGAAGAUGGUGAUGUCUCCCUGGCAGGACACAGAUGUAGAGUUUGCCUUCUGCUUCCUGGACAGAAGAGGGCAAGUCAUGGGUGCACAAUAUCUCUCCCAAUCUUUGGAUAGAGAAUGACUCUGGUUAGAAGCCACUCUUUCCCUGCAAUUGCCCCAUGGCCACAGAAUAUCUUGCACAUGGUUGUAUGUAUUUAUGAGAGAGAAAGAAAAUGGGAUGGGAUGUCAUACACUGCGGUAUGGCUUUAGAUGGAUGCCCCUAGGGAUCCCUUCGAAUUCUGCUAUUUUUCUUCCCGUUGCCCCUCUGGUAGAUGGAGCAAGAUUGUACCCAGGCUAGCUGGCACCACCUUUGCCAUUAAAUGUCAGUCUGGAACCUUUUUGAGUCCUGAUUUUGAGAAAUCAGAUAUUGAGAUGCUCCCUGGGGGGAGCAGGGAAAAUUAAGUGAACCGCUUCCAGAAAUUUGUGGUGCCUUUUUUCCUUUCAAGACAAAACAUGUAAUACAUAACGUAACGCAUGUGUCUUCAAGUCCCCUGUUGACUUAUGCCAAACCCACUAAUUUCCUUGGGUUUUCUUAGGCAAAGAAUAUUCAGAGGUGGUUUACCAUUGCCUUCCUUUGAAACAUAGCCUAUGGCACCUGGUAUUUUCUCAUCCAAGUCCCAACUUGGCCUGACUCUGGCCUGUUACAGACGGCCCAAAUAAAGCUGCUUCGGGUCUCUUUGGAGGUAUGCUAUUUAAAUGAUGCAUGGGUCCUAAGAGUCCAGAGGUUGCGCCAAAGCCACACUCCAUUCCU